AUGUACUCUCGUUUUCUGUCGCUCGUUGCAGGAGCCUCGAUCUUAUCGCUUGCCACCUCGCAAGCCACAGUCAGUCUUGCGAUUACGGCACAGCCAACUGCUGGCGCCUCCGACUUCAUCAGUCCAUCGUUCGCCGGCUUUGGAAUCGAACCAUCGAACCUCUUCUCCUUUACCGGAGGCCAGGAAGAGAAUGUCCUGACCAAAAACUUGAUAGAAAACCUGGCAAACUAUACGGGCACUCCGCCACAUCUGCGUGUUGGAGGCAACACACAGGACUAUUUCGUCUGGGAUGAGAAUUACAAUGACUAUAGUUGGAAGCUCAAUCCUGACGAAACGGGUCAAGGUGCCUUUGCUUCGGACCACAUGAUUAUAGGGCCUCGGUACUUCGAGGUGUUGAACCGGUUUCCUAGCAAUACUCCCAUCACAUUUGGUCUGAAUCUGGCAUAUCAAGAGGAUGACUACAUUGAACAGAUUGUAACGAUGGCGGAGCAAGCUGUCAAUCGGCUCACUGAUGUUAAUCUCGUCUCCUUUGAAAUUGGAAACGAGCCAGAUCUCUACCUCGAAAACGGUUUUCGCACAGGCCCUUGGGGUGGCCAGGUCUAUACCCAGCAGUGGUUAGACCGCGCCAAUGCCGUCUGGGAGCAGGUUUUACGACCCAAUAGUCUACCAAGCAAUUUCUUUGAGCCCGGCACCACUGCUUCGACCAUUGGUACAAGCUUCAUGAUCGAUAACCUGGACGAAUUUGGGAUCACAGCGAUCGCCAACGAUUCCACCGAGUCUUAUGUCGCCAGCUGGAACCAACACGAUUACUACUACUAUAUUGGGGUUUCUACGUACCCAAUUACCCAAUAUCACUUUAUGACUCUAUCAACGACUAAUGAUCAAUUUGGUGCUUGGGUAGAGCAGAUCCGACAGGCCCAGAACACCGGCAUUCCUUAUGCCCUGCGUGAGAUGGGUGUUGUUGGCCCCAUCGGCUUACAUGGGAUCACCGAUGUCUUUGGGGCUGCCCUGUGGUCACUGAAUUUCUUGCUCUAUGCAGCCACGCUCAAUAUCACGAUGGUGGGCAUGCAUAUGACAGACAAUAGUAACGCGAGUGCAUGGCAACCUAUCAACAUAUAUGGCAAUGAGCCUUUCGUGCGGCCCAACUACUAUUCUUUUGUGGCCUUUGAUCAGCUCAUUGGGCCGACUUGCCAGGCUCAAAUCGGCGGAUACAUCUUGCAAGAUGCGCCUGCGGAAUAUGCCGGACGCAGCGCCGCAUACUCUGUAUAUCAGGACGGCACACUCGCCUCCAUUGUGUUGAUCAACUCAAAUGAAGCCAAUGUCUCCGAGACCAACAAACCCAGCUUAACCUUCGACCUAGCCCUCCCAUCGCAAUUUGCAGGCCAAGAUCUUUACCUCGCCUAUUUGACCAACGAAGGAGCCGAUGCAUUUCACGGCACGACUUUCAAUGGUAUCAGCUAUGAGGAGAGUGGCGAUGGUUUGCCUACACGCGUCAACGACACAGAACACCGUGUCAGGAUUAAUAAUGAUGGUACUGUUUCCGUGAAUGUCCGAGAUACUGAAGCAAUCAUCGCCAAUAUUGGCUCACCACUCGGCCAGUUGCCACCUAAUCGCAGUGCUUGUGAGGCCCUGGCCAGCACCAGGCAAGACGCACAACCUGCAGAGACACCAGUGGGAACAAACACUGUGGAUGCACCGGCGGCAUCGUCGACCCAGAGUAACGCUGCCUCAAAAACUGGGAGCAGUGCCAGCCCAAGCAGUACCAAUGGUAUCACCAGGCUCUCAGCCAUGUUAAUUGGCACUCUUAUUUCUACAUUUUUGAGUGGCGCCUGGUUGAUCAUGAUAUAA